AUGUCUAAAUUAGACAAUUACAAUUGUAUGAUUGUUUCACAGUACUUCACAACAAUCAAAGACUUCAUAAAUCUUGAACAGGUGUGCAAAAAGUUCAAUGGUAACAUGGCGAAGUUCCACUACAACCCAAUUCCCUUGACAUUGAAAACAAUCACAUUUUUUGAGUCUCUAGAAACACUUCACAUCUGGCAGUCAAAUGAAGAAAACUUUGGCAAUGACUAUAUGGCACAAGAGAAAAAACGAAUCAAUCAAAAUACACAUUACCACAUUAUGCAACACCCAUUUAAAAAACUGAUCAAAGUCUGUUAUCCGAAAAUGGUCAUGUUAACACCAAGUUAUUGGUUUCCAAAUGCGUCUGUAGCUUUUUACAACAUCAUAGUUUGGCAUCAAGUUGACUAUCAAGUUGUUAUAGACAACAAAGACAAAAAUGUGAUUUUUAAAAAUGUGAAAUUAACAACAAAAAGUGAACAAGAGAGUUGUGGAAAUAUACCCAAAGUAGUGACUGAAGUUGGCAUGCAACUUUUUAAAAACGACAAAAUGACUUUUAUUGAAAUUCCAAAGUAUGUCACUCGAUUAUAUACCUCAGCGUUUGACUCGUGCACUAAUUUAACACGUGUAGUGUUUCCCGACAAUUUGUAUGAAAUUGGCAAUUUCUGUUUUUGUGGGUGCAUUAACCUUGCAGACGUAGUAUUACCUUCACGCCUUAAUAAAAUUGGUAUGGACGCGUUUAGUCAAUGUAAAAUGACAUCCAUUACUAUUCCACAGUUCGUCACUUUAAUACCAAUCAACUGUUUUAAAGAUUGUAAAACGCUCAAAGAAGUCAAAUUACAUAACAAUAUCGUUGGAUUAAAUCAGUUUUGCUUCAGUGGAUGUGUUGAACUGUGCCACAUUGACAUACCAAGUUCGGUUAAAUCAAUUGAUAUUGGCGUGUUUAAAAAUUGUAGAAAACUAAAAAGUGUGACUCUCCCAAGCGAAAUUUGUAUAAUUCAAAAUUUCCUUUUUAAUGGGUGCGACGAGCUCUGUGAAAUUAAAAUAUGCGAGAAAGUACAAAGGUUAGGAACAUAUUGUUUUAAAGAUUGUCGUUCAUUGAAAGAGUUCAGUAUACCAAUCGGAGUCAAAUCGGUCGCAAAUGGUUGUUUCGAAGGAUGUGCAAUGCUCUCUAAAGUCGACAUUUCAUCAACAGUAGAAACAAUUGGAAGAAAUUGUUUUAAAGGGUGUGUGUUAUUACCUUCAAUAACACUGCCGCUCACAGUCAAAUCGUAUGGCCAGUCUAUUAUUUAA